GUCCCUUUGACUCCUCUUACCAUUUAAAUCAAUGCCAGUCCUUUGUUCGCUUACCAGCUUAUUAAUCAAACCUCUUGCAGCCAAAAGCCUCGGGCCAUUAUCCUCCAAUGUGAUAAGACAACAACAGCCACAACAGCAACAUAACUAUAGCAGCACUAGACCUGUAGUGACCGAGAGUUCAAUGUUGGACUCAUAUCCUCGACCUAACCUUCAACCCACCUUACAAUCGUCUCCAGGCCUUUAUUCCUUAAGAUCAAUCCAAAGCUGCUUUAACUGCUCUGGUCCUCAUUCUACUGACUUUUGUCCUUGUUAAUGUCGAGAAAAAAAAAAGUUGUUGUUGUACAUAUUCUAUACCAAUUCCCCCCUCUCUAUAUUCAUAAUACAAAUCUC